AUGUUCUGUCAAUUCAAAUACAACUCUCAAUCUGAAGAAGGUGAAAAUGAUGUGGGUCUCUUGGCUGACACUGUUGCUGAAGAGAAUAUGUCGACUUACGAAAAUUCUGAACAAAAGAAAAAAGCAAAAAAUAAAAGAAAAGUUGCACAGACAAUUUCACCAAUGGCAACGAUUCAAAAGGACAGCACUACAAACCGGUCUGACCUGAGGAUAGCCCCACAUGCGGUGCCUAGAACACUAUCUAUUCCAAAUAAUAGUGAUGACGAAGAAUUAUAUACCACUUCUUCGAAGAAAGAGGACUUUGUGUCGUUCCCGACUUUGGAAGAGCCAGAAUUACAAAACAAGAGCUCAAUUUCGGGGCUAAUAUCAAAGACUUUGAGAAAAGUUACCAAUAAUGCCAGUCAUUUGGUGCAAAACUACUCAGGUAUUCUGGAGGGUCCUAACCAACUCGCUAAUGUGCCGUCCCAGUACCCAACAUCGAAUACUUCAUCGUCCCAACCACUGAAUCCGAAAAGUCAUGACGCGAAUCUCCUGGGGCAAACGAAUGUAAAACAAGUGGACAGUCACGUCAAGCAUGAUGUGGGGAACAUCACACUGGUUGAAGCGACCAGAAAUAUCCAGAGCAGAAGCGACUCCGAUGAGAUGAGUACCCGCUCCGAUAGACGUCAAACAGGAAAUUCAAAAGUGGACAAUCAAUCCCCAGUACAACAACUGACACCAAAAAAAUCGGUGCUGUCUGAUACAAUAGUUACUGGCGAGCGAAAGCAAAUGAAAGGUGGUGGCGUGGUAACGGAGAUGGAUGGAAAGCAGACCUCACAAGAGUUACAGAAUGAACGUUCUACCACACAAAUACCUGACACUAGAAUGGACCGCGACGAAGCUGCAAAAGACUUGAAAGAAACUCCCACACAAAUACUGCUAAGUACACAAACUACUCCAAAACCCACAUCCGCAAGAGUGCACAAAUCACACAAUUUGAUAGUGGAGGAAAAAGCGCCUCGGGUUAGAUCAGACAACAAGUCACUUCGACUUUCAACCAUUCCAUAUGCCGGAUCUCAAUCUUUGAGUCCAAGAGCAACCAGCUCAGUGUUUAGUGUGAAUGCGUUAGCAACGGUGGACAUGUCGGAUUCUGAGCCCCAAACACAACACUCCACGUCUCCUGGCGAGCAUAUAAAUGGCAAUACAAAACCAAAAGCGACUACUACUCUUGACAGCAAAAUAUCUACAAUUUUCAACAACUUGCCAAACGACAUAGAACUUUCGGAUGACUCAGCUUCGGAUUUAGAAUCAUUAGGGGAACUGGAGCAGACUGAAUCGACAAUAGGAGAUACAGACAGACAAUUUGGAAAGAAUGUUCAAAUCCCAAAUUCAAAAGCUGAUUACGCGAGGUCAUUGUCCACAUCUUUUGACCAAAGAGCAAUUCACAAUGAGUCAAUUGCAAAGUCAUCACCAGUGAAAGUCGACGGGACUCGCAAGCUGACAUUAUCAACAAAUUCAGGAGAUUCGCCAACUGUUUCAUCGUUCAAUGCAAUCAGAAACAGAGAUGAACGCGCUUCCAGAAAAAGAUCUCAAAAGUUUCCCUCAGCUAUCUUAGAUAAUGCAAAGACAAUUAUGAACCAAAAUUUUGGAGCGGUUGCAUCGUCUGCGUCGUCAAUAGUUGGGAAGAGUACGAAGAAAAAGAAGUCGACAAAAAUCUCCCAAAACCCUUUGAAAAAUGGCGGGAUCCCUAAAAAGUACUGGAUGAAUGAUGCAUUUGUUGCAGACUGUUUGAACUGUUUCAAACCAUUCACUACCUUCAGACGAAAACAUCAUUGUCGAUUUUGUGGACAGAUAUUUUGCUCUGACUGCACCCUAUUCAUUUCAUACACGCAGCAUAGAGAUCAGAGAAACAAUGUUAUUGAUCAAAAGCGGCCCUACCAUGAUAAGCUACGGGUUUGCAAGCCGUGUUACAGUGACGUCAUAAUUUAUCUUAGUGAUGAGUCCUCUGGGUCAGAAACUGAUGGAGAAGCUGAUCAAACAACUGAUGGCCAAAACCAACCAAGAUCUCGACAAGAAGACUUGCUUGUGCCCAACCAUCCACUUUCACGAGUACGGUCAUUGUCGACCACUUCAUACCGUGAAAGUCUUAGUGCCCAUGACACUAGCCAAGGUUCGAUUCGAUACGAUUCAAGGGCGAGGGAUAGCAGUUCGCUCAACUCCAAUUCUCCGUCUCGCAACAAUAAUCACCAUAUUUACCCGGAUGAGUCUAUCAAGACCAACGCAAAGCAAGCACCUCGAAUGGCUAUACCAACGACUCGUGCCGGUGAGUCAAUCGAGAUUCCAUUAGUGAGAAAUUCAUUGAGUAACUCUCAGUUUGUUCGUGGGCCCUUGAGCAGGUUCGGGUCCGCUAGUAAGCUUGAUUCGGUUGAUCAGAAUAGUUUGUCAAAAUCGUUUCAAUUUGAUUUACCGCUUCACAAUCAGAUGUCAACCGUGCAUCAACACCCAGCAUUCAGUUUGGGUCAAUCAUCUUAUGACGUGUUAAACAGCAAUAAGUCGUGGUUGAAGAAUGCUGAGAGAUUUCGCGAAGUAGACUUAGAAUCUAAUACAAAUGAUGGUGAGAAGAGUCCAGGUUACAAUAGUCUUGUUUCGAGAAAACCAUCGCUUAAGCUAAAAGUGACGCCUUCUUUUGGAAGAAUGGAAAGAAGCCGUGUUCUAUUGGACAGGGGUGGAGACGACGAUGCAGAUAUCGCAAGUAGCUCAAGUGAGAGCGAGGACGAGGACGAGGACGAGGACGAGAUACGUUCUCCAAGAGGGUUCAGGGAUGAAGGCAGUGAUGAAGAGGAGGAUGAAAGAGCCAUGUCCAUAUACUCGUCGUUAAAUGAUGCUUAUGGAUCUACACCUUUGGGACUCAAUUCGGGCCACAUGUUUGGGGCAAGCACAGGUGCCGUACCCACAUUGGGUGAGUUUCCUGGAAUCAAGUCCUUUUACUCUAGUGCUCGCGAUAACAAUCUUUAUUCGGAUGUUAUCAAGAAAAAUGCCAUUGGUAUUGCUGAAGCUACACGGCCCGAGAGUUUACGCUCCCGCGCUAGAGCAAAUGCUUCCAUCCAACGUAUGAGAUCGAGAAGACAAACUAGAGGCAGUCGCAAUGUGCUGAUUUUGACACAGAAUAAUAUUCGCUUGCCCAGUUUUGGACCAAUUACCAACAAAGUUGCAAAUGAUCUGCAGCUAACGCCAAUCUCUUCUCCAACGUCACCCAUACCGGAGACGUCCACACGCUCCAAUCUAAGCACUGUCAUCUCGAAUAGCACUAUUGAGGAGUCGAGGACCGACAAUAGAAGCGAUAGUUAUGAACCGACAGAUACCGACUUGUCCCCUAUUGGGCCCCGUACCCUUAGUGGUACAGCUUUGAACCGGCAACAUCGUCAGCAUAAUGACACUUCAGAUUAUUUUACAUACAGUCACCAUAAUGGAGUUGGAAGCCAGUUGGAGGAGGAUGACGGUUUCUUACAGCAAAGUCGCGUUGACGAUACUUCGAAACUUGAUGGUGUAUACAAAGACACAUUGAGCGCGGUCUUGAAGCAAUCUCUUACUGAUUGUGGAAUAGAAACUGAUUUGCAAAAAUGGAUGUUAACCCUUCAAAAAGUAUUGACCGAAGUUAAUAAGUUGAAAAUCUCAGACACCUUAGAUGUGAGACAGUAUGUCAAGCUCAAAAAAAUCUUGGGUGGCAAGAUUGGGCAAACAGAAGUUGUCGAUGGUUUGUUUAUAACCAAAGAUGUUGAUAGCAAAAAAAUGAGAUCUGAGAUCGAAAAGCCACUGAUUGCGCUACUCAUGUUUCCAGUUGAAUAUUUGAAGGAUCGUGAGCAGUUUAUUAGCUUGAGGAUUAUCCAUGCCCAACAAUCCGUUUACAUUACGAAUUUGGUAUCGAAACUUAUUUCGUUAUCACCCGACGUUAUAGUAGUUGGGGACACUGUUUGUGGCUUAGCCAUCAAGCUUCUCGAAGAAGCUGGUAUCACGGUUGUUUCCAACGUCAAGCCACAGGUUAUUGAACGCAUUUCUCGAUACACAAAUGCAGACAUAUUCCAAUCAGUGAAUGAUUUGUUCUUCAAAAAGGGGACGCUAGGUGUUUGUGAAAAAUUUGAAGUCAAACGGUUCAGAUUUGAAAAUGUUGUGAAGAGCUUUAUAUUCUUCACUGGUACCAACAUUGAGUCUGGUUUCACCAUUUUAUUGCGAGGUGGAGGGGAGGAGUUGUUGGAAAGUGUCAAGUACACUGCCGAGGUCCUUGUUCAUGGCUAUCUCAACUCUCGCUAUGAAAAAAGUCUUUUGAGGAAUUUGCUAUUGACAUGUACAGAAACAUCACUUGACCAAUCAGCGCAAGAUGCAGAUGACAUAGUCAGUGCAAUUAUGAAUGAUUCAUUAUCGAGUGUGGUGACUCCAAUGUUGGAUAAUCGUGAAGUUGUUUUGUAUGUGGAAUCUUUCAAAAUGCGAAGGUUGAGUUUGUCACCAACUGUGCAAUACAACUUGCCACCUGUGUUAUGCAAAGUUAUUGAUUCCUACUACAAGUAUUUUCAAGGUUUCAAGCUAAAUGAGGCUAUACAACUGGUUAACUCGGUGAACGAGAUUGACCUCGGUUGGAAGGAACAAUUGCGAAUCAAAUUUGCGGUUGAGGAAUUGCCUGGAAAGGACAAGGACUUUUUGAGAAUUUUGAAAUGCGCAAGCCAAACCCAGUUGAAGCUUUUGCUUAAUGAGUACCAAUAUCGAGCUCGUACCUGGUCCAAUUGUUUAAAGUACUCGUCUUAUCAAUUAUUUCCUAUUUUCCAUCGCAGUAUUCACAUUUUGCAUUCCACAGUGUCGAUCAAACAUGCUACUCCUUGUGCAGGGCCAGCAAUUGCUGUCGUUGACUAUUACACCGAGAAUGACAGAUGUCUAGGUUUAUUUCUCGAUCAGAUAUUUUCAGAUAGUGGCAAGACUUGUAAUGAGUGUGGGGAGUUGUCUCUUGAUCAUUACAAGACUUAUGUCCAUGGUAACUCAAAAAUUGAUUUAAUUACCGAAAAGUAUGACAUCAAGUUCAAUGGUGCUAGCCACGAGUCACAAGGAAAAAAUCAGAGGGUAUUGUGGAGUUAUUGCAAGCAAUGUAACUAUGUUACACCAAUCAUGGCCAUGAGCGACGAUACGUAUUACCUAUCCAUUGGGAAAUUCUUUGAGUUGUAUUUUUAUGGUAAAGGUAUAUUUGGUGGAUGUGAACAUUGCUACUUUCAAAAUUAUGUUCAAUGUUUUGGAUUCAAUGAUUUGGUAAUCAAGUUGGAGUACUCGAAAAUUGACAAUUAUGAGAUUGUUGUUCCGAAGAAACAGCUUGAGUUCAUUUGCGAUAUCAAUAUCAACUUGAAAGUGGAGUCAUACAAGUCGAUAAAAUCCAAAGCAGAGGCAUUCUUUGACUCUGUGUUGAAGCGUUUGAGUAGGGUUAAAUUGGACACGUUUGUGAAGGCGGAGGAUGGUACGAAGAAGGUGAAUGAAAUGAAGGACAAAUUAGCCAAAGAUUCCACUGCGAUAUAUAACAAGUUGCAGAAAAAGUAUGACGAAAUUGAUGUCACUAGAUAUCUCGAGCUAAAUUCAAUAUUCAAGGACUUGCAAGUGUUGGGAAUUUUGUGGGAUAUUGAAUUUCAAGAGUUUGAGAAGAAGUAUUUGCCUAAUGAGAGUGAAGUUAACAAGAUUACUCAAUUCCAUUUGCGGAAAUUCCUAAUGGACAAGUACAAUAUACAUGAUGAUGAAAAGACUGAUUUUAAAGAAGAUACUGCAGAAGCUACUAGGAAGGAGGACUGUGUCAAUCCUGGAAAUGACGGAGAGAACGUGCAGUUUGCGGAUACUCUGGGUGGCGUUGAAGGUGGCAGUAGCACUACCAAUCCUAGUAAAGUUUUGGAUGUUCAGGAGGGUGUUGAUGUCCUUCAAGACGGGCCCAAGAUUGAGAAGCUCUCUGACACUCGAGAUGAAACUGAUGGCACAAGCUCUCACAAUGAUACUCAACAACAUUGCGCAUUGCCAGAUGAUGAAACUUCUCGCCACGGAGACGCAAGCACUCCCAUCGAGAGACCGCAUACCUUCACUCCCCACAAACCAAGAACUAUAUCGAAUGAUAAUCUCGAACCCGACUCAUUGAUUGAGUCCAAAAUGUUCUCCAAGACUUCAUUAUAUGAACCAAAGACCAAUAUUUCCGAAAGGAUUAGUAAAUGGGAAGAAACCGCAGGUGAUAAGGCUCUUCAUCAAGCGAUUCCAUUGGCUCACCGGGGGUCGGAUAGUUCAUUAAAAUCAGUCAACACGAUGAUUCCAUCACAAAAUAAAGUGAUUCAUUUGGCCAAUUUCUUUGACAAGAUGUAUUACGAUCAGAUAUCGUUGGAGUUUUCCAAACAGAGGGAAUUUGAGUUGAAGAAAAGAAGUAAAGUUAAAGCUCAACCAGUGUUGGACAGUAAACCAAUUGUUGAAAUUUACAACAAGAUUGAAGAUGUUGUGGGGGGUUCCGAGAAUGAAGAAAAGAAGGGCGUGGCUACCAAUAACGCCAACGUUGCCAAUAAUAGCAGUGACAAUGCCGAAUCGAAAGAAUCUUCCGUUGGCAACGCUGUUGUAGCGGAACAAGCUCCGAAACAACUUGAUAUCCCGGAAAAACAGUCAUUGUUGAAAUCAUUGACCAAUUUCUGGGCUGAUAGAUCAGCCACUUUGUGGGAUCCGUUGGCUUACCCGUUGGAUAGUCAUGAGCACACAUUCGCUGAUAGUGAUGUGAUUGUUAGAGAGGAUGAGCCUAGUUCGCUAGUUGCGUUUUGCUUGAGCUCGAGCGAUUAUAAGCUGAAACUUAGAUACGUAUUUGACCAGGGUGACGGUGACACGCAGCGUGAUGGUGGAAGUAAGAUGAGAGUUGAGGGUCUUACUGAUGAUAGGGACGUUUUAGUGGAUCAACAUCAAGAUGCUCGGAGUAAAUUAAGCUCCUUUGUGGUGGAGGAGCAGCACCACGAACUUCAACAACAACAACAACAACAACAACAACAACAACAACAACAACAACAACUGCUUCUGCAGAAGAAGCAGAAGAAGAAUGAUCGGGACCAUGAGCAAGGAAAACAGCAACAAAAUCAGUCGCAGUCACAGUUAGACAAUCAGGUUGGUCACGUUGUUGACAAAGACGAAGAUGAAGCUACUGUGUCCACAGAUGAUGAUGGUUCUAGAAAAACUGAUAAGAAGGAGUCAGUAACUUACAAGGCAGCUGAUUUUGGUUUUGGUUUGAGCAACGACAACAAAAAGAAGAGGGCGCAAUUUGCUAAAAUUGAGCGCAAGUUUAAGCAUCGCAAUUCUCGUGAUGGCGAUGGCAAAAGCAAUCAAUUGGAAGCGAUUUUGAAUCAACCCAAAUCCAACCAUUUGAAGUAUCAAUUUAGCGAUGGCAAUACCAAUUUAUCGUGCAAAAUUUUUUACAGCGAGCAAUUUGAAGCAUUGAGAAGAGGAUGUGGCGUUGAAGAUCUGGACUUCAUCCAGUCAUUGAGUAGAUGUGUAAAAUGGCAUUCAAGUGGAGGCAAAAGUGGGUCCAGUUUUUUGAAAACUUUGGAUAAUAGGUAUAUUGUCAAAGAGUUGAGCAAGACUGAAUUGGAGUCAUUUGUUGGUAUAGCUCCUUUUUAUUUCAAAUAUAUUAGUCAAUCAAUGUUUAAUACAUUGACUACGGCAAUUGCCAAGAUAUUUGGGUUUUAUCAAGUUGAAAUCAAGAAUCAAUUGAAUGGGAAAGUUGUAUUCAAGAUGGAUUUUUUGAUCAUGGAGAAUUUAUUCUAUAAUCACAAGACUACACGAAUAUUUGAUUUGAAAGGAUCAAUGAGGAACCGACAUGUACAACAAACUGGCCAAGAAAAUGAAGUCUUGUUGGAUGAAAAUAUGAUUGAAUACAUUUAUGAAUCUCCCGUGUUUGUUAAAGAACAGCUGAAGAAGUUGUUGCGUGGUUGUUUGUUUAAUGACACCAGUUUCUUAUCGGCAAUGGAUGUGAUGGAUUAUAGUUUGGUGAUUGGCAUUGAUGAUGAGCUGAAGAAGUUGUAUAUUGGAAUCAUUGAUUGGUUGAGGGCAUUUACGUGGGAUAAAAAGGUGGAGAAUUGGGUCAAGGGAAAUAAUUUGAUUGGUGGUGGUAAAAAGGGUAAGGACCCGACGGUUGUUACCCCCAAGCAGUAUAGAAUCAGAUUUAGAGAAGCCAUGGAGAGGUAUAUUUUGGAAGUGCCCGAUAUUUGGUACGAAGGGGCAAAAUAG